AAUAGUUUGUAACAGGUUAUGGGCCCAGACGCCCGGAUAGAAAUAGGGAAGUAGGAUUAAUAAAGUGAAAGGCAUCACGUUGAUGCAAAUUGAUUUCGUGAUACGUCGCGACGUCAUUAACUUUUCAGCUUACAAUGGCGGACCCCCGUUUUGCUCAAAUUGAUCGUUUGGCGGGCCGUGAUAAUUAUCCUACAUGGAGUUUCGCGGUGAAAACCUUUUUAGAGCAUGAAGAUUUGUGGAAAUGUGUCGAGACAUCGGGCAUGGCUUUUACGAAGACCGAAGAUACGAAGGCAAGGUCAAAAAUAGUCCUUCUAGUUGACCCUAUGAACUAUGUUCAUAUCCAGGAUGCCACCACGGCUAAGGAGGUAUGGGAUAACCUGAGAAAGGCUUUUGAUGACUCCGGCUUGUUGAGGAAGGUAGGUCUUCUGCGAGAACUAAUUACAACAGAUCUGGAAAGUUGUGGUAGUGUUGAGAACUAUGUCAACAAAAUCAUCACAUGUGCACACAAGCUUCGUAAUAUAAAAUUCAUUGUAGAUGAUGAGUGGCUCGGCACAUUAUUAUUAGCCGGGUUACCAGAGUCAUAUAGGCCUAUGAUUAUGGCUAUGGAAAGCUCAGGUGUGUCCAUCACUGCUGAUUUAGUUAAAACAAAGAUUUUACAGGAUGUAAAGUCUCCGGACAACUCAUCUGUUUUUUUUUCAAAUUUCCACAAAGGCAAGGCAAAGAAUAGUAAAUGUUCAGGUUCUAAAGCAAAUAGUAAAGGUCCCAGGUGCUUUAGGUGCAAUAGGCAUGGUCAUUUAGCCAAAUUUUGUGCCUCAAACAGCUCAAAUCAAAAGAAUAAGUCUGAAACUAUUAAUACUUCUUCUAGCUAUGUUGCAGCGUUUCCAGCCUCACCAGGCCUAGAGAGUGGAUGCUGGUACAUUGAUUCAGGAGCUGCAAUGCACAUGACAAACAAGAGAGAUUGGCUUUAUGACUACGGACCUGCUUUAGUAACAAACAUUAAAGUUGCAGACAACAAAAUAUUAACAGUAAAAGGCUGUGGUAAAGUAAAUAUAGAAACAUAUGAUGGUGAAAGUGAAUUAAAAAUUGGUACAAUACAAGUAAAAAAUGUUUUAUAUGUGCCAGAUUUGGCUGUUAAUCUUCUGUCAGUCCGCCAAAUGACACAGAAUAACUGUCAAGUAAAAUUUAGUAAGAAUACAUGUUAA